UGCAGAAUGGUGUGGCGAUCCCUGUCCUCCCGAUCUCAUCACCGGGCAGACGGACGGAGAGGAAGCCACACGGAGCAGGAAUCGCCGACCAUGGAGCUCCUGUGUGGGGUACGAAAACUCACAAGCUUCAGGUCACGUUUUCUUUUUUUCAUCUUUUCUCUCUCUCUCUCUCUCUCUCUCUCUCUCUCUCUCUCUCUCUCUCACACACACACACACACACACGUUGACGGGUUCGCCGUGAUGCUGCCGGUGUGAAGGGCAUGAAGGGAACCAAGCCGAGUCGGUCCGCACGUCCGGUGAGGUAGGGAGGUGGAAAAUUAAAGAGUCCGUAUCGCGGAGAGGAACCUGAAGUUGUCGGUGAAACGGGAGAGAGAAAAAGGGCCGGUGAAAGGACGCUUUGUAACCGCUACCGACCGAGCGGAGCGGGGAAAAGGUGAUGAUGUUUCCACGGGCCGGACAAUAAGGGGCGUCCUUCUACCCCCACUGCCCCCCGUUUGUUCACAGCUCAGUGGCAGCUGAGCGCCCCGGGUGGAGCCGGAGGUUCCCACGGCCCAUAGAGGACUUCACACCGGCCUGCAUCACACACCAGCAGCGGCUUAUUAUGGGAAUUAACCUCCUCAAUGGUUGCAUUUGCUGAGCAGGAAGCGUCUCCUUCCGCAAUAGACAGCCACCAUGGAGCUGAGAUAGCUGCUUCCUGUUCUCUCCACCAAUUACACCCCUUGAUGCGGUGCAACCAUGGGAACAUGGCGCGGUCUACGAGUGGCUUUCAUCCUCGGGUCUUUGUUUAUGAUCCUGCUCAUCAUUGUCUACUGGGACGAUGUCGGAGGCUUCAAACUCUACCCCCUGAAGGACCCCAAACACGAGUCGCUUCCCUCUGCUUGCUGCUCUCAGCUGACCGUGACCACGAGCAAAACCCGAACCAGUUCCACCGUCAGCAUCUCCACCACCGCUUCAAAUGCUACACCGAUCCCAAAAACAGCAGGUCAGGAGAAGGAUGAGCAGGAAAAACAGGAGCAGAGAAAGGAGGAUGGGGAGAAGGAGAGGAAUAAGGAACAGGAGAAGAGGAAGCAGAGGAUCAUGGAUGUUUGCUCAGGAAGAGGCGCUGUAGAAUUCCCCGGAAGAACUCGGCCUUUUGAGCAGAUCCCCAACAGAGAGCUGGACCAUCUCAUAGUGGACGAUACUCACCAGAUCAUCUACUGCUAUGUUCCAAAGGUAGCGUGCACCAACUGGAAGAGAGUGAUGGUGGUUUUGUCUCAGUCGCUGAUCUCACCCUCCUCAGGAAAACCUUACACCGACCCAGAGGCUGUACCUCCUGACCUCGUGCACAACUCCUCCCUCCACCUCACCUUCGCUAAGUUUUGGCGCCAUUAUGGUUCUCUUUCCCGCCACCUGAUGGCACUCAAGCUUCAGCACUACACCAAGUUCCUGUUUGUUCGAGACCCUUUUGUGCGUCUCAUCUCUGCCUUCAGGAACAAGUUUGGAAAGCCAAAUGAGGAUUUCUACAAGCAGUUUGGGUCAGUUAUGCUACGUCGUUAUGGCAACGUGUCUGGAAGUUUGCCAGAGACGGUGGCCGAGGCGUUCGCAGAGGGAAUCAAACCAACAUUUCAUCAGUUCAUUACAUACCUGUUGGAUCCUGAGACGGAGAGGGAAAGCAUCUUCAACGAGCACUGGCGGCAGGUGUACCGUCUGUGCCAUCCAUGUCAGGUGAAAUAUGACUUCAUUGGGCGACUAGAAACCUUGGAAACAGAUGCGGAGCAUCUGCUGAAGCUUCUGGAGGUGGACGAUCUGCUACGUUUCCCUUCGGGGGCCCGAAACCGCACUGCAGCCAGCUGGGAAAGAGACUGGUUUGCACAGAUUCCCAUUACGACACGAAGAAAGCUGUACAAGCUGUAUGAACCAGACUUUGAGCUGUUUGGCUACCCCGAACCCGACAGUGUUGCACACCAGUAGACCACACCGAGCCAAAGGCCUAGACACUGCACUGUGUGUACAGUGCACACCUCGGCUACCACCGCACAGCCAGCACAUGCCUUGAAAGACCAGUCUGUGAUGCUGUAUGUCUCAUUUGUUUUGUGCAUACCUCAAACGACAGAAGUGCCUGCCAGUAUUAUUUUAAUUUUGUCACCAUUUCAUAUCAGGAGCAGACCUGCUUACAAGUUACUUUAUCUGUUUUCCCCAUGUAAAGGCACUUUGAAGUGUAUUUUGUGAAUAGUACUGUAUUUUGGUAAGUCAUGGGGGCCAGCAGGAGAUAUUUCUGAAGGGAAAUAUGUUGCAGAAAAAUAAAGCAUUUUGUAAAUGUUUCAA